AUGCUGCCGCGCAUCGGGACCAUGCAGACCACCUCCAGGAUGCUCAGCGGCGCGCUCCUUUGCGCGCUGCUGCUGCUUUCCAGCACCGCUGGAGCCCAAGUGUUGGACACCGAGUCCGAAGAGGAGCUGAGCCCCAGAGCCCUGCGGGACUUCUACCCAAAAGGUCCGAACCUGACCAGCGAGAAGCAGCUGCUCGGAGCUCUCCACGAAGUUCUUGAAAAGCUGCAGGCUAAACGGCUGCCUCUAUGGGAAAAGAAAUUUGGCCAAGUCCCGACGUGUGAUAUCGGGGAGCAGUGCGCCGUGAGGAAAGGGGCGCGGAUCGGCAAGAUGUGCGACUGUCCCCGGGGAGCUAUCUGCAACUUUUUCCUGCUGAAGUGCUUAUGAGCCUCGCCGGAUCUG